GGACGGGAGACGCCGGGAGCGCUGCAGCUGGGCCGCCCUGGAUCGAUGUGCAUGUGCAUGUGCAUGUGCAUUAACGAACUCGCUGGUCUCUUGCGCCGCUGAUCGCACAGCCGAAUAGACCGACAGGCAGCCCGUGAACAUCCAUAUCUGAUUUGCAGAUCGAUCCGCAUCUACACCAGACUAUGGAGGAAGAAAAUAGCAUCCUGAAGUUGCUCGGCCGUGUGUCAGAAGACUCAUCUUCGCAGCUCUCGGCCGAGUCGUCCGGACCCUUGCAGGGCUCCCUUGGCAUUUCGCCGAAUGCGAGUGCCGCUGCCAACACAACCCUCAGCAGCUUUCUGGACGUUUCCACCAUCAAUCCGGCGGCGUCCCUUGCUGGAUCGGUUUCAUCGACGCCCGUAUCGACAACCGAUAACUACGACUUUGAUUUCGGCGAGAUCAUCGGUGGCGAAACCUCAAGCGCCGACCACGACGGCGCCACCUUGCCCCUCGCUGCCUCUGCCGCUCGACCCGCCUCUGCGUCGACAGGGCUGGGAUUCACAACCACUUCAAGCCCGACAAGCUUGUCGUCGCUGGUUCAAUCUGCUACCAUCCAAAGUUUUGCAUCCAAGCUGCCAGGCGACCGGAAAACCCGGUUCUCAACACUGCUGACCCGCAGCCAGGAUCAGUCGAUCACAAGCGAGGACUUCAUUGCCCAGGCAAAGGAAGUUCUCACUCAAGCCGAGUUCGCGACUCUCCUGUAUUCGCUCUCAUCAAGCACGUCGACGGUGCCAAUAUCAGCAGCAUCGGGAGCCGUUUCCGCGCUCUCUGCGCUCACGCCUGGAUCGUACUCGCUUGGUUCUGCAGGCGGGCAAGUCAAGUCGGUUGUCGACUCCACCAAGAAACGGGCCGCCGGUCCAGUGGGCGAAGGAAGCACGCCGAAAAAAUUUCGGACCGAACCGGAUGUGGCCAAGAAGAUGAUCGCCUCGAUGAAUGCAUCCAUUUCAACGACUGUAAAUGCGGCUGCGGCCGGGGUUGGGGUUGGGUCCUCCGACAUGGGUCCUCCCGCACCGCUUGGCCGUCCUGCGAUAGCCAAAGCUGGCGCUGCCGCGGGACCGUCCAAGGUCAAAGCUGAAGUUGAUAUCAAUCAACUGGAUGUUGAAGGCAUGAUGGAUGCCACAUCGUACGGAGGCGUGGAUAUGAAGAUGGAAGAGGAAGAUAUCAUGCGUGGCAUCGAGCAAAAGAUGUCCGUGUCCGGAGGGUUGCUGCAGCCUACGGGCUACCGGACCGGUGUCGACCGUGCACGGCAACAGCGUUUCCUGAAUAUUCACGGCCUCAAACGUGUCGUUGAGGCGAUUGCCAAGAAGCACUCUAUUGCGAAGGUUGAUGAGGAGUACCUUGUUUACCUAGCCCUCGCGCUGCAGGAGCGACUCAAGGGCCUGAUCGAAAAGACGAUUAUGGCAGCCAAGCAUCGGGUCGGAUUUACGUACGAGCAGUUCCUUGAGCUUGAUCGCCGAGAGCAAGAGGAGGAGGGCCAAUUCCGCGUGGAAGUCAAGAGAGGAUCCGACGACAUCCGACAGGCCCUCGUCCGCAUCGAGCAAGAGGAGCGCCAGCAGGAACAAGACGCUCGAGCCAAAUUCUUCCCGGCCUCCAAGGCAAAUGGUGACGACUCGUUUGUGCCCGAUGGUGACGACGAUGCCAAAAGGGCAGGCAAGAAGAAGGGCAGGCGUGAGCGGGACAUUCCCGAGAGCGUCAAGGCUCAGAACAUUAACAUGGCUGCCAUGCUGGCCGCUGGAGGAUCUCAGAAGAGUUGGAUGAUGGCAGCGUCAUCGAUUCCGCCCAAGCCCGCCCUGGCCCCCGACUCGACGCUCCGGAUCGUCCCCAAAAAGACCCCUGUCUCAGAACCCACACCGAAUGCGACAGCAUCAACGCGCAGCGCCACCGACGCCUCCUCGAGCAUGCGGUUCGGCCGAAGCAUGACGCUGAAGGAGCGUAAGCGGAUCAUCUUGCGAGAUGCGCUGUUUUGUCUCGAAACCGAGCAGACGCUGUGCAAGAGUGAGAUCUUUUACAAAUGGCUCGCGGAUGUCAAGUGAUAGGUGAAAUACAACACGGCCGAUUGUGGAGGCAUAUUCCUGAGCGGCCACCGGGUGUCUGAACCUUAUCGGCGAUGAAACCGUGGUUGAGCAAGCGGCUCGUCCCAUUUGUGUGUUCGAUGAUGCCCACAAGAUGUGCUGUUGAGGGACGACCCAGUCAGAGUUGGUGUCUUCAUACCGAGAUCAUCAUCAACCUCUGUUCAAGAGACCAAAUCGAGCCUGUCCCUGGUCUGCGGACAGAUUAUU